AUGGCGGUCCAACUCCACAAAUCUACAUCUGCACAACGAAGGUUGACCAUUCAGCAGCGCAAGCACAUAACACAACGCAAGCGUUCUCGUCUAGUCAGUGCGCUCAACAAAGCGAAGGUGAAAAACGCUACCUGGCAAAACGGUGCCAUAGAGUUGAAGCAUGAUUUGGUGAAUCUUUGUCACAAACUGUCCUCCUCAAGAAUGGUCAGCGUUGCCACUCUUACUGAAGAUGACGACAUACUCAAGGUGACAGAGGAGCUAGAGAGUCGCGUAGACGAUCGUCUACGGGAGCUGAAACAGGCGCGAAAAUUACAGGUACAGCAAACUCAACAGUUGCGCACUUUAAAGGAGAUCCAUAAGCAAGAACGAGCUGAACAGGAGCAGGCUCAUGAACGUCUUGUUACUGACCUGCGAUUGAGCUUGAGCAAGACAGAGGGGGAGCUCAAGGACGUCCAAGCUUGA